AUGGCGUAUCAGUAUUUUGGGGAUGUAGUGACAUUUGAUACAACAUAUCGGACAAACAAGUAUGAUAUGCCUUUUGCACCUUUUACUGGAGUUAACCAUCACUUCCAAUCCAUACAAUUUGGAUGUGCACUUUUGCAAGAUGAGACCGAGUCAACUUUUCAAUGGUUAUUUGAGACGUGGCUUGAAGCUAUGGGAGGUCGGCAUCCAUUAUGUAUUAUCACUUACCAAGAUUUGGCAAUGAAAGGAGCAAUUGCUAAGAUUUUUCCUGCUACUCGUCACCGCCUUUGCAUUUGGCAUAUAAAGAAGAAGUUUGGUGAAAAGUUGUCACAUGUAUAUUAUAAGAAGUCCAACUUCAAGACCGGCAUGAAAAAGUGUAUAUGGGCAACAUACAAGGUAGAGGAUUUUGAAGAGCAAUGGAAAAAGUUAAUUGAGGAGCAUGAUUUGGGACCGAAUGAAUGGCUACAACAACUCUAUGAAAUCCGUGAAUCCUGGGUUCCAGUAUAUAAUCGCGGUACAUUUUUUGCUGGAAUGAAUACUACAGGGCGUAGUGAAGGCACCAAUACAUUUUUUGACGACUUUGUUACAUCAACAACAAAUCUAAGAGAGUUUGUUGUUAAGUAUGAACAAGCCUUACAGAAGAUUGUUAGAAGGAAAAGUAGCGAAGAUUUUACAUCAGAGCAUAAAUAUCGUAUUGUGGAUGAUGACGAUUUUCUUUUGAAACAUGCAGCACAGGUGUAUACCAGAAAUAUGUUUGAAAAAUUCAAGAGCGAAUGGACUAGAGUCAAACGGCUUAAAGUUGAAGAAAGGGAUUCUGACGACCAGUUUCAUAGAUACUCAGUGAUGAAGAAAAUUGGUAACCCGCAAAAGUUUUUGGUGGAGUUGAAUUUACAAACACAUGAGGGUAAAUGUGAAUGUCAAAAUUUUGAAUUUGUGGGAAUAAUUUUCCGGCAUAUUAUGAAAGUGUUUGUUCGUCAAGACAUUGAUACAAUACCGUCCCACUUUAUUCUUUCAAGAUGGAAACAAGGAGCAAAUAAAUUUAGAGUUACGGAUUCUGAAGCCUUGGUACAGAAUGAUGGUAAAGAACAAUCGGAAGCAUUGAGAUUCAGUCACAUGUGUCGGAGAGCCACUCAACUAGCUUGUUCUGCUGCGCCUUCUAAUGAAGCCUACACAAUCUACAUGGGUGGUUUAGAUGAAUUGUCAAAAAAAAUUUCAGAGCUCAAUAAGGUGUCACAGGAAGAUGUUAUGGAGUCUCAAGAUAAUGUUUUGCAAGAUGAAGGAGCAGAUAAAUGUACCAGUAAGUCUUCAGAGCUAUUGCUUCUAGAUCCAAAUAUCUCAAAGACUAAGGGUAGAAAGAAGGAUGAGAGCAGCAGAAGAAUAACAAAUGGUUCUAAGAGAAUUAAAGGUGGUAUGGAGUUGGCUCAAAGCAAAAAAAGAAAGUGUACAAUGUGCCAACAACCAGGACAUAAUAGGCUUACUUGCCCAUUGAAUCCAGAUGCAAAAAGAAAAACAGCUGUUUCUUCAAAUCAAAAAAGCAAAAAUAUGCAAGAAUCUGCCACAGUUUCAGAUGAGAAUGAGGAAGAUUCGGAUGAGGAGGAUUCAGACGAGGAGGAGGAUUCAGAUGAGGACAAUGAAGACUAA